AUGAACUCAUCUAGAAAGGACUGGUCUAAAAAGCUGGACGAUGCAUUGUGGGCUUACAGAACGGCAUUUAAGACACCGAUAGGCAUGUCUCCAUACCGCCUAAUCUUUGAAAAAGCGUGCCAUCUGCCACUAGAAAUAGAGCACCGGGCAUAUUGGACUAUGAAACAGCUAAAUAUGGACUUGAGUACCGUCGCUUAUGAAAAUUCAAAACUCUACAAGGAACGAACCAAAAAGUGGCAUGACAUGCAUAUUCAGAGGCGAGAAUUCGAAGUGGGGCAGCAAGUGCUAUUGUAUAAUUCAAGACUCAAGUUGUUCCCAGGAAAACUACAAUCACGGUGGACUGGUCCUUACACUGUCAUGAAAGUCCUACCAUAUGGGGCUAUACAAGUCAGCCAUCAGACUAAGGAUACCUUCAUUGUUAAUGGGCAAAGGCUGAAACACUACUGGGGUGGUGACUUCUCCAACCAAAAGUCCACCGUUCAACACGGGACGCCAGAAUAA